AUGGGGACCAGCCUGCGCAGUCAGUCCUUUCGAGAACCCCGGCCCUGCUAUGGGAGGCUCCAUGAGUCCCAGGGGAGAUCUUUGGAGGGCCGACUCCACCGGGCACUGAGCCUCAGACAGGGCCGUGAAAAGUCCAGGUCGCAGGGCUUCGAUGGCAUGGAUGGGCUGGAGGUCUCUGUCCAGGAGCGGCUGCCAGGGACCCUGGGAGACACAGAGCAGCUGAUCCAAACCCAGAGAGGAGGCAGCCGGCGGUGGCUGAGACAAUACCAACAGCAGGUGAAAAGAAGGUGGAGGAGCUUUGUCGCCAGCUUCCCCAGUGUGACCCUGAAUCAGCCAGCCUCCCCAGAGACCUUGUUGGACACCAACAACUAG